AAACAGAAAACUGAUGCAUCUUCCUUGUACACUCAUCCUAGUUUGUUGCAAAUGAAGAAUGAGAGUGUGGCAAACCGUGCACUUGUUUAUGACUUCUUGAGAGGGAUUGGCAUUAUGACUGACUAGCUAAUGCGGGUGUGCUGGUGAGGUACCCCGAAAUAUUAGGGAUGAGAGUAGGUCGGGUGAUCAAACCCUUUGUGGAAUAUCUUGAGAGUGUGGUAGGAAUCCAAAGGUCAGCAGUGGCAAAGUUAGUCGAGAAAAAUCCGCACAUUUUAGGGUUUGGGCUCGAAGAGAGAGUUAAACCAAAUGUGAAAUCCCUUGAACAAUUUAUAGUCAGGCGAACCUCAAUUCUUUCAGUCAUUUUCCAAUACCCUUCAAUUUUAGGAAUUGAUCUUGAGGAAAGGCUGAAAAACCAACAAAUUUCCCUCAACUCGCUUUUAGGUCUAUCUCCAGAGGAUUUCAGGAGAGUUAUGGAGAAGAUGCCGCAGGUUGUCAGUCUUAACAAUGCAGCUGUGGUAAAACAUGUUGAUUUCCUCAAGGCAUGUGGGUUUUCUUUAGAACAAGUAAGGACAAUGGUCGUGGGCUGCCCCCAGUUGCUUGCUUUGAAUAUUGAGAUCAUGAAACAAAGUUUUGCUUAUUUCAUCGGUGAGAUGGGCGGUAGGGCGUUGGAUGAGUUGGUUGCUUUCCCGGCUUUCUUCUCUUACAGCCUCGAAUUAACCGUGAAACCAAGGCAUAGAAAGAUUGCAGAAAAAGGACUAAGAUGUUCCCUUGCAUGGAUGCUCAACUGCUCGGACGAAAAAUUUGAAGACCAGAUGCAUUAAGACUCGUUUGGCAUCGAAGAGAUGGAAUCAAGUCUGACAUCCUUUGACAUGAACGUCCUCAUGCAACCCCAAAGCAACGAUUCAAUCUAUGAUGAGGAUGAGGAUGAUGCGAGUGAUAGUGAUUGUAGUAUAGACUAGAUCAUCAGACUAUGAUGAGGAUGAU